AUGAACAUGGAAGCCCUCAAUCCCCUCGAGCUACCCGACUUGGGAACUGUGCGAGUUUAUAUCGAAGCUUAUAAGCGCUCCAAGGUCAUGCGCCGUAUCUUUCCUGUGGUUGAUACGGAACUCUUCGAGGAGACAGUCAGUACUGCGUACAAGCAGUCACUAUCGUCGUUCACAUAUGGUCAAGCUAGCGCUCGGGUAUGUGUGAUGGCAUUUCUUACGUUUGUCUCACGAUUGCCUCCCGUCAACGAGAUCGUUGGCGACUUUCCCAUCGCCCCAAUCGACCACAACAUGCUUGCCACUAGGGUCAUGUUCUUGAUGCCACAAGUAUUACAAGAGACCGCUAGUCUAGACUCUGUCCAGGCCAUGACUAUGUUGACUCUCUUCGAGCUAUCAUCAGGAAACAUGCGGGCACUGAACUAUUAUGCUGCAGUAUCAGCCCGUCUGAUUUUCAUGCUCGGAGGCAAUCUCAACAGCGACCAAACCUUCAUCAAAGAUCCACGGGGCCGCCAAAAGCAGGAGCAGCUACGCAAUCUUUUCUGGAUUUGCUACACCAUCGAUAAGGAUCUGGCUCUGAGAACCGGCCAACCACCCACCAUCACCGACGAGAACUGCGAUCUUACCCUCCCAGCUGGGUAUCUCGAUCGCGCAUUCCUGGAUAUAGAAGACGAUGACGCACCAUUCCACGGCCCGGUAUUCCCAUUCGAUCUCCGCCUCAGCAUGAUAAAGGCACGAGCGCAUCGCGAGCUCUACUCCGUCAGCAGUUUUCAGAAAUCAGACGCCGAGCUUCUGAAGUCGAUCCGCGAACUCGACGACGGGCUAGAGGAGUGGCGACUCUCAGUACCUCCAAAAUGGCGUCCCACGAUGUCUUUCUCCUCCGAGACUUCGGAUACCAAUAUGAGCAUGCACUCUGUCAUGUUGCGGUUGAAUUAUCACCUCUGCAUGACUAUCAUUCACCAGGCGAGCGGGCGGUGCAAGGCAUGGGUACAAGGCCAGAGCGGCAUGAUGGAUGGAGUGAGCUCCAGUAUGGCUCUUUCGGUUGAAGCCAGCCGAUCAAGUCUAUGCUACCUCGAGGCAGCAGAGCAUGUGGUGGUUGAUGGUGUUUUCUGGACCUUGAUCUUCUACCCGAUGUCUGCACUGCUCACUAUCUUUUGCAGUAUCCUGCAGAACCCAUUAGAUCCACACUCGCGGGAAGACUUGGACCGAUUGAAUGUUGCCACGGUCAUGAUCGAUCGUAUCUUUUCUCGGAAAUUGCCUGAAUCUGAAGUUGAGCACUUCAAGCUCGUUGCUGAUUUCAUACUGGAACUGAAGCGACUGGCUGAGUGUGCCAUUGAUAAAGCCUGGGCCGAGCAGCGUGCUGGCCAGUGA